ACAAAAAAACAUGUGUUAUUACAAUUCUUUUGAAAUUAACGCUUUCUUUUACCAAUUUUGAGUGAUUUUUGGUAAGAUAUAUUUAUUGGAGCCUGAUUGUGGGAACUAAAGGAUAACGGUUGGAAUCAGCUGUGGAAAUUAUGAGUGAUGACAGUGGAAGGAUUCUCGCUCAGUUCAAGAAUGAGGCGGGAGAGCUUGUUGGAACACCUUUUGAUCUUCCACUGAAUGUGACACCAGAUCAACUUGAGCUGGUCUGCAAUGCUGUGCUCCAAAAGGAAGAGAGUGUACCAUACACAUUCUUUAUAAAUGAUGCUGAAGUGACAGGAAAGCUCGAAGAAACAAUUGAAAAACACUCCAUUGAGACAGAGAAAGUUGUUGAGAUAGUCUACCAGCCACAAGCAGUGUUCCGAGUCAGGGCUGUAACUCGAUGUACAAGUACUAUUCCAGGUCACACAGAGGCAGUUAUUUCAGUUUCAUUUAGCCCAGAUGGAAGACACCUUGCAAGUGGAUCUGGUGACACUACUGUCAGAUUCUGGGAUAUAUCAACAGAAACACCUCAUUUUACUUGUCAAGGUCAUAGACAUUGGAUAUUACACAUUGCAUGGUCACCAGAUGGCAAAAAAUUGGCAUCUGCUUGCAAAGAUGGAGAAAUAAGAAUAUGGGAUCCAGAGACAGGCAAUCAACUUGGAAAGACUCUAAAGGGACAUUUGAAGUGGAUAACAUGGCUGAGCUGGGAGCCUCUUCAUAGGAAUUCAGAAUGCAGAUAUCUCGCAAGUUCUUCAAAGGAUUCUACAGUCAAGAUAUGGGAUACUGUCACAUACAACAUAGAAAAAACCUUUUCCAGUCACACCCAGUCUGUGACGUGCGUCAAGUGGGGAGGUGAAGGGCUUCUUUACACAUCUUCACAGGAUAGGACCAUAAAAGUCUGGAGAGCUAAAGAUGGUGUGCUAUGUAGAACACUGCAGGGACAUGCGCACUGGGUAAAUCACUUGGCUCUGAAUACCGACUAUGCCUUGAGGACCGGAGCGUUUGACCCAACAAAAGGAAAAACGAUAGAAGGACUGAACUUAGAGGAAUUAAAGAAACAGGCGCUGCAAAGAUACGAGGAUGCAAAGGGAGCCAAGCCUGAGCGAUUAGUAUCUGGAUCAGAUGAUUUCACACUCUUUCUGUGGGAACCAGAGCAUAACUCCAAGCAUAUAGCAAGACUUACAGGUCAUCAAGCUUUGAUAAAUCAGGUCUGUUACUCGCCCGAUGGGCGAGUAAUCGCAAGUGCAUCGUUUGAUAAAUCAGUGAAAAUAUGGAAUGGCGAGAAUGGCAAGUUUAUAACAUCUUUACGAGGGCACGUCAACUCGGUAUAUCAGAUCRCUUGGUCAGCGGACAGUAGGUUGUUGUGUAGUGGUAGUGCAGACAGUACUUUAAAGGUUUGGGAUAUGAAAACUAAGAAAUUAUUAUUCGACCUUCCUGGCCACGCUGACGAGGUAUACAGCGUUGAUUGGAGCCCUGACGGAGCACGAGUUUGCAGUGGAGGGAAAGAUAAAGUUCUUAAAGUAUGGAGAAGUUAAAAACCAAACAGACCAAGGUAUGCGUAGUUAUGCACUACAGUAUUAGAUGUACAUCAAGUUGCCACCAACAAGAGAUAUAGAUAUCAAACAAGAUUCGCCGAAAUGUUCCAGCUUUUUCAUUGUUCACCAUCCCAUACCAAAGUUUCCAAUUAAACUGUUUAGGACGCUCA